AUGCCUAAUCCCGUCGAAGCUUAUAGGAAGCUUCAAAAGAAGCGCGAGAAGGAAAAGCAUAGGAAAGAUAGACAGGAGGCGAGGGAGGCAGCGAAGUUAGUCCAGGACCCAGACAGGCUUAAGAAGGAACUCGAUGAACUCUCGCAUAAGAGUAUAAUCGGGAGAAUCGAUGAUACUGCAUCUGAGCGUAAGGCUAAACUAGAGAAACUAUGGGCAAAACAUGAGACCACAAUCGCCGCAUCAGCACAAAACAUUAGUCCACCCAGCGAAUCUAGCGACAAGUCGAGCUCAGACGCAAGCUCAUCGGAAGAUGAUAGCGACUCCGACGAGGACAAGCCCAAAUGCGUCAUUGAAAUCGCAGGAGGCGCUGUAAUUAGCCCCAACCCGAAACGCAAGGUGAAGAAGGAAAAACUACCGGAUGACUUUGCACUGGAGCUGCUACAAAACGCGCCACCACUCCCACCCAAGGAAGACUCUACGAGUCAGGCAGCUGCACAAAAUAAGCGUGGAGCCACGUUUGCACAACGAGAUAUGCACGUGAAUCAUGCGAAGAGGAGGCUUGAAGUAAACCCACCAAAGUAUAUCGAUGUCAACCGAGGCAUGAAUCAUGCAGCAGCGCCUCCACCGCCACCCCCGCCGCCUCCAAGUGCUCCACCGAAAAAACCUAUCGCAAUACAAAUCCCCCCAAAGGUAGAAACCCCAAAGGCAGCGCCGCCUCUAAGCUCAUACUUCGUUCCGAACCAACUUAGAGUUAAGAGGAAUUGA